UAACGACACGGCACACGGUUUUUUCUUUUUCCUCUUUUUCUCAAUUCUUCUUUCAAUUCCAUCUUUCAAUUCACUCAAUCCCGACAUGUCACAUAAUCAAGGAUACGGUGGAUAUCAACAGCAACAGCCAUAUGGUCAACAACCAUAUGGCCAACAGCAACAACAGUAUCAACCACAUGGACAGCAGCAACAGCCAUACGGACAGCAACAACAGCAUUAUGGCCACCAGCACCAGCAGCAAUACGGGCAAUCGCCUUAUGUUCAAAACCAAACACCCCACAACCAAUACAGCAAUCAGUACCAACAGGCUGUCAACUAUCAGCAACAAAUGUCCAUGCAGCCCAGUCCUGAAGCAAGUCUGCGCCAAUGGUUCGAUGCAGUUGAUGCAGACAGAUCUGGCCAAUUGAGCACUGACGAGCUUCAGAAGGCGUUGAUCAAUGGUGAUUGGAGUCCCUUCAAUUACGAGACUGUCCGUCUGAUGAUGAAUAUGUUUGAUACAGAUAACUCUGGUCAAAUCAAUUUUGCAGAAUUCUCAGGAUUGUGGAAGUACAUUGAAGAGUGGCGCGCGUGCUUUGUAGCCUUUGAUCAAGAUAAGAGUGGAUCCAUUGACUUUAAUGAACUCAAAACUGCUAUGCGUUCGUUUGGUUACAACCUCACCGAUGACUUUUUGAAACUCUUGAUUAAGAAAUACGACAGAAAAGGUCGCGGCAAUGUCUCUUUCGACAAUUUUGUCCAAAUUGCAGUUACAGUCAAGAGUUUAACGGAUGCGUUCAUGAGGAUUGAUCGUGAGGGCAAGGGUUAUGCCACCAUUGGUUAUGAGCAGUUCUUGGAGCUCGUUGUAAGCAACAGGUAGAUUACUAUAUACCAGGAAGCGUGGAGAAACAUAAGCAAUUUUGAUAUGCAAACAUGAAAUAAAAAUAUAUAUUGAAACAGAG